AUGGCAAUUCACAUAAAAAAGCUCAAAGUACGCCAGCGGAAGGGUCAGCCAAAUCAUUCAAUAACAUCCACACAUUUUGACCCGGCUUCAUCAUGCACCUGUUUAGCUGCCGCAACCGUGAUGUGUGCGCCCCAACUCUCAGCCAUGCUAGGUUGCUGGGCUGCUACGAACGAUAUACACUCAAUAGGAAAAUGCCAGGAGGACGCCGAGAAACUCUUUCAAUGUAUGCGGACAACACCAAUGCCGAAGAAAAUUCAUAAACCAACUAUUAAUUACCACCUUGCUAGAUUGGGGAAAACUAUUCAAUAG